AUGUUCAUUGGUUCUCCCUUUAUUGGCAGGCUAGUUUCAUACGCCAAUCAAGUAAGAACAUCCACGCGAAGUGUUGGAUACUUGGGUUACUUGGCUCCAAAUGAGGGAUCUACACUGGGAUACAAACGUUUAGGACGCGGGCCUUCUUCUAACAAAGGUAAAACUUCAGGACGAGGACAGAAAGGUCAAAAAGCAAGAGGAAAGGUGCCUAUAUGGAUGGAAGGUGGUCAAACUCCGUACUUCAAACAAAUGCCCAUGGUGGGUUUCAGAAAUGCACACAAUGCCAAACAAUAUCACGAAGUCAACUUGAGCAAGAUCCAGGAUUUUUGGAAUACUGGAAGGAUACCAUUAAAAGAGGGUGAUACACUUACCAUCAAAGUAAUGAAAGACUGUGGCAUCAUUACUGGAAGUUUGAAAGAUGGUGUGAAAAUUUUGGGUAAAAGCACAACCGGUUACAAUGUACCACUAAAUAUAGAAGCUUCAAAAGCAACUGAUCAGGCAAUAGAGAAAAUUGAAAGCGCUAACAUGUCCUUUACCGCUAGGUAUUUUUCAAAAUUGGGUUUGAGAGCAUUUGUCAAUCCAAACUAUUUCUUAUUGAGGAAGGGCUACGUUCCUUUACAAGCAAGACCAACAAGUCAGAAGGAUAUCUCGUAUUAUUCAGAUCCUGAAAAGAGAGGAUAUUUGUACAAGGACCGCUCAAUACUUUUAGAUCACUUGGAUAAAGCUCGUGAAGAGAUGAAAACAGCAAAACCAAAAAAGAAAUUGUCUAAAUUUAAAUCUUUACUGGAACAACUCAAAGAAGCAUCAUCAGUAAAAUUCCAUUCCACAGGUAAGCUUGUUAGUAUAAAGGAUUUGGCUUGA